AUGUCGGCCUUGCAGACCUUCAUGCUGGUCGUGGACCACGACAAAGAAGAAGCCAAGCGAAUUGCUGAAGGAAUUGCACAUGGUAUGCAGCAUCACCCCGCACUCGAGUCCACUCGAAGCACUGCAUUACUAAACGAAAGAAUUCCAGAUGUUGAGACCAAGAAAGCCACUUUGAUUGAUACCGUGCAAUCGCUCGGGGAAUACAUCAAUGACGAGGACCCAAUCCUGCGCGGAAAAGCCAUUUCCUACCUGACAGCCGUUAUCUCGGCCCUCUCACCGAAGUACCUGACGAGACAACAGAUCCAGGUUCUGACUACAUUCUUCUGUGAUCGGAUUGAGGAUGGAGGUGCUGUUGCUGGAUUGGAGGUCUUGCAAGGCCUGGACCGGUUCAACAGGUUCCUGGCUACGCAGGUUGCUCAAGCGCUUUUCUCGAACUUCCAGGAUCUUCAAUCUCGAUCUCAAACACAGCGUUUCCACGUCUAUCAAUUGCUCAAUGAUCUGAUGUCGAACCACCGCGCAGCAAUGCGUGAUAUGGGAGACAUCUCCCUCCUUGGCGUGGUUGAUAUAAUGACGGGAGAGAAAGACCCCAGAAAUCUGAUGAUGGUGUUCUCUAUUCUGAAGGUGGUCAUGGUGGAAUGGGAUAUUUCUAACCAUACAGAGACACUCUUCGACUCUGUCUAUAAUUAUUUCCCUAUCACAUUCCGACCUCCACCAAAUGAUCCUUAUGGAAUCACGGCACAGGAUCUGAAGGGCCGUCUUCAAGACUGUAUUGCUUCGACGAGGCGCUUUGCUCCCCAUGCUAUCCCCGCAUUGCUGGACAAGCUUGAUUCCACCUCUCCUAAUGUCAAAAAAGAUGCUCUCAAUGCAUUGAUUGCUUGUAUUCAAUCUUAUGAUCCCAACACAGUGUCCAAGUUUUCCGUUACCGUUUGGGAGGUCCUCAAGUUUGAGAUUCUCAAUGCGCAAGAAGAGUUCCUUUCCGAGACCUCCCUUGAAGCAUUGCAACUAAUCACACGCCGCCUAUCAGAGGGUGUCACGGAAAUCUCCCAGGAUCUUCCUCUCGCAAAGUAUCUUCAGCCAAUCACCAAGGAGUGCAACGAGCAAUUGCAUGAACCCCAAAACAAGCAGGCCAAGCCUGCACAGUCUAUUCUUAGUUGCGUAUCGGCCGCUUCUCCCGUGUCCUUUACGCUGGUUGUUCAAACUGUCGUUGCUCCUGUUUUUACGCUAUACCAAGAGGCUGAUGGCAUUGUCAAACAAAAAGCACUUCUUGAGACCCUCAAUGUCCUCUUUGAAGCUGCAACAACCAUAUUUGGUCAAUGGACUACCCGAGGGGAAGAGCUUGCUAUCGAUAACCCGUUGCUGGAGUUUAAAGAUCAGCUUUCAGAGAUCCUCGGUCAAGUAUUGAUGGGAGCUGCUAAGGAGGAAGUUUCUUUCCGAGUCACUGCCCUAAAAGGAUUUUUGCGCCUGUCGACACUGCGCAACUUUUUCCAAGACAAUGAGAUUGGUCUUUUCGUGCAAUACCUGGACGAGAUUCUUCUGAAAGAAGAGUCUGUUGGCCGGGAUGACUUGAAGAAAGAAGCAAUUGCUGCACUUGCUGAAAUCUCCAAGCACAAGCCUAGGUUGAUCAUAGACAUCACUUUCCCGGCAUUUGUGGCAACAUUGCCCGAAGAGGAUGAAGGAUCUGAUGCCCUGUAUCUGCCAACCCUUGAGAUACUUGCGCAAAUCAGUGUCGAGAGAGAUAUUUUCGAGACGCUUUUCCGCCGCUUGUUCAGCAAACUGUCCAUCCUGCUACAAAAGGAGCAGCCUGGCUCUGUAGCCUACCCCCGGGCUAUUCUAGUCACUAUGCUCUACGUGAUGCAGCAGAGAAACAUGGAACAAGAUCAAAGUAUUGAUCUGUACUACAACAAGAUUGUUGUUGGUCUGUGUCGUGAUGUCGCAGCAUCAGCUUCCGGUAUGGCAAAGAAUCGGAUUCUUAAUGAUCCUACCGUGCUUGACACUUUGGGUCGGCUCUGCAAUCUUCUUGUGCGGUCUGUUUCGACCGAGAAGCAGGAGCAAGUUACCGAGAAUGUCUACACUCUCUUCGCUACCAGCGAUGAGUUCGUGCCCCUUCCAUUCAACCAGAAUGCAACUGCAGACCAAGAGCGUACGAUCAUCAUUUCCACCUACUUGCUUGCAGGCCUACCAAAGGAUUCUGGCAGCCGGCUUCCAUAUGUCACUCCCGACAUGUCGGCCUUGCUAUUGGAUCUGGUCAAUCGCUCGGUGUCCAGCACCGAACCAGCAAUCCACCAAUCAUACCUCCGUCACCUGGCCCUGCUCGUCAACAAGUUCCUGUCAAAGCAAGAUCUCUCAAUUGCAGAGCAACUCUUCGAUUCACUCCAAGGCCAAAGCACAGAGCCAAACAGCUUCAACCACGCGACAAUCCGCACAAUCUUCUGGCUAGCAAAGGCACUAGUCCUCCGUCUUGCACCAACAACAACCCACAUCUUGACCUCCCUCCUCACCCUAGUCUCCUCCCCAGACCAACAAACCAGCGUAACAGCCGCCCAGUCAUUCGCCAUCAUCCUAAGCGAGGACGACAUCCUCUCCUCCACCAAUGGAGCCACAAUCCGUCUCCUCUGCAGACAAAAACUCUUCACAACAGUCAUCCCACUGAUCUCCUCUCGCAUCCGAGAAGUAAACACAGAGACAGAAUCACUCACCCCACCCCACAUCAAACCAGCCCACCUAACAGCCCUCUCUGGAAUCCUCUCCACAAUCCCCACUUCCCUAGUAAUGCCCGAACUCCCAACAUUACUCCCCCUCCUCCUCCAAUCCCUGGAUCUCCAAACCAGCAACUCAACAGCAGUCAGAAAAGCAACACUAGACACACUAGCCGUCAUCAUCCGCGACAAUGGCGUAACAGUCAUCGAUCAAACAGGCCAUGUCCAAAGUCUCAUCACAAGACUCCUCAAAACAACAACAUCCGACAAAACCGCAUUCAACACUCCCCGUCUAAGAGCAGACGCAUUGAAAUGUCUCAAUCUGCUAGCAGCAAACCAGUCUCCACCUGGUACUGCGCCUAAUGCUCGUGCUCCACCGGUUAUUUCGCCCCUGUUGCCUGUCAAGGCUCAGGUUCUGAGAUCUUUGCGUGUUGUCCUUGAUGAUCCCAGACGUGAUGUCAGGAAGGCUGCUGUUGAUGCUAGGGGUGCUUGGCUUCGUGGUGUUGAUGAUGCCCCGGAAGAGGAGGAUUGA